AUGUCAUCGGUUGGCUUUGUUUUACAUAUCAACGAAAAAACAUUAACGAAAAAUUUGAGCCACCAAGUUGAACGUUUUACAACCACCGUAAUCAUAGGUUUAUUAAUAUUUUUGGCUCCGUCAAUACGGAGUCAUUAUCAAAAUCAACAUCAACAACAACAAUUGGAACAACAACCAAGUAUCGAUCAUGGUGACGAACAACAACAACAACAAGAAUCCCAAUCAUCAUCAUCAUCAUCGAUAGCUGAAGCAAAUAAACAUCGACGUAAUCGUCGUCGUCGACGACGACAACGACGAUAUCAGCAGGUUAUAUUUCGACAAGCUGAUGAUGCUGAUAAUAAUGAUGAUGAUUUAAUUGAAGAUAUUGUUGAAGUUGGUGAAGAUGAUGAAGCUGAUUUAGUUGCUUUAGUUCCUGAAGAAGAAGAAGAUGAUGAUGAUGAUGAUGGUAAUGGUACGGUAUCGGACGAUAAUGAAGAGGAUGAUGAUGAUGGUGAUGAUAACGAUAUCGAUGAUGGUGAAUUAUUUAUUCCUGAUGAUGAUGAUGAUGAUGAAGAGGAAGUGGAUAUCGAAAAACAACAACGUCAUCAUGCCAUUGAACGAUUAAAUCGACGAAUAAAUGCUGCACGAUCAAAUAAUUCGAAUAUCGGUCAAAAACAUCGAAGAUUUAAUUUUCGAUUUCUACGUAAUCGACACCAUCAUCAUCAUCAUCAUCAUGGUCAUCAUAAUCAUGAUCAAGAUCAAUCGGAAAAUAUGAAGAAUUUAAUUGUUCCACAACGAAAAGAAUCAACAUCAUCCACUUCAACAUGUCAUAGUUCAUGUUCAUCAAGUAUGGGUGCCCAUCAUCAUCAUCAUCAUAAUCAAAAGAAAAAGAAAUCGUCAUCAAUAUUGUUAAAAAUACCGAAUUUUAUUCGUACAAAUUUAUUUAAUUCAAUAUUUCAUCAUUCGAAUCAUCAUAAUGAUGAUGGUGAAGAUGAUCAAAAUGAUGAUGAAGACGAUAAUGAUGAUGAUAAUGAUAUUGAUGAUGAACAACUUUCGAAUGGUUAUGAUGAUUGUGAUGAAAGCGCCAUUGGUGGCGAGCAAUCAAAACAAAUGAAUAAUAAUGUUAACAACAUUGUUGUGCAUAAUAAUGAUUUGGCGCUGGAUAUUUGUAGACCAACAUCAGCACAACAACAACGACAACAAUUACAUGAUGUUUCAAACAUGGUGGACAAUGGUGAUUUAGAAAUAUUUAAUUUGAUUGAUCAUAAUAAUCAAAUGAUUUCAAUUGACCAUAAUAAUUGUAAUAAUAAUAAUAAUAAUGAACAACGACAAAAUGAUUCAACAAUAUCGACAAAUGAACAACCAACAGCUGAUCAUAAUUUAAUUCGAAUAAGAAAUAAUUCGAUGUCGCGUUUUAUUGUUGAUUCGAUUGAUUCAACAAAAGAAUCAACAAUUUCAUGUUUACAAUGGCAAACAAAUCGUAAUAACCGUCCAAUAAUGAGUAAAAAUCAUAAUAAUAAGAAUAAAAAUAUGGAAGAAAUUAUUGAUCAUCAUUAUUAUCAUUAUUAUCGUAAUGAUGAUUAUUUUAUGACGAAUACAUCGUAUACAUGGUCUUAUUAUCGAAAUAAUUUACUUUCAGUUAUUAACAGUUCACCAUACAUACAUCGAACGUUUAAAUUUGAAUUGUUAAACAAAAAUGGUGUUGUAAAAGGUUUAUGUCCAUUAGCACGUUCUGGACAUCGAAUUGUAUCGGAUGAACAUUAUGUCUAUCUAUUUGGUGGAUUUAAUCCGGAUAUUGUUGCAAGUGCACGAGUACCUGAUGAUGAACAAUGGAAAAGAAGUAAACCACUUUUCAAAGAAUUAUGGCGUUAUUCGAAAUUGACACAAACAUGGCAAUAUCUACGAUGUGGUGGUACAGCACCAGUUGAAUUGGCUUCACCAUGUGCUCUGUUGCUUGGACCUAAUCGUUUAAUGAUAUAUGGUGGAAGUGGAAUGCCAUUCGGUUCAGCAAGUAGCAAUAAAAUGUACAUUUGUGAUCUUGAACGUCUUCAUUGGUCGCAAGUAGUGUAUGAAAAUCAAUCAACUUCCAUCGAAGAUGGUGUCGAUGUUUCAUUCGAUAAUCAACAAAAUCAGAUUGAUACAGAAAUACCUGAACCAGCAUAUGGUCAGGCUAUUUGUUUUGAUCAAGAAAAUGAUUUAAUCUAUGUUUGUGGUGGUACUACUGGUUUCGAUUAUUCGCUCAAUCUUCAUGAAUUUAAUUUACAAACACGAAAAUGGCGAUUAUUAUCUCAUACACCACAAUCAAUCGAACCUAGAUAUCGUCAUGAAAUGGCAUUAUAUCAAAGAAAAUUAUUCAUAAUUGGUGGUGGAACUUCAGGUCAAUCAUUUGCAAUGGAUAAAAUACCAGUAUUCGAUUUAAAUGUCGAAAAAUGGUCUGUGGUUGAUACUAAACCAUGGCAACAAUCUGGUCAAGAACAAAUAUAUCCAGCACCUCGUUAUAGUCAUGAUUGUGGACAGAUUGGUAGAUUAAUCUACGUAGUUGGUGGUGCAGAUCAACAUCAAGCUUUUGCCGAUUGUUGGAGUUUAGAUUUAGAAACAUUACAAUGGACAAAACAUGUUGGUUGUUCUUUACCUCAACCUUGUUAUUUUCAUUCAGCUACCGUAAGUCCAAAUGAUGGAGAAAUGUUUGUUUUUGGCGGUGUUAAUUGCGUUCAACGUAAACGUCGUAGUGAUGCAAUGUAUCGAUGUUGGUUAUCAGUACCAUCAUUACAACGAAUGGCUCAAGAAGCUAUUAUUAAAUUUUUACAUAAUGAUAAAAAUAUUUCUGGUUCUAAUUCGGGUUGCAUUGAAAACAAACGAAAAAAGAAUGAUCCAAAUAGACAUCAUACAAAAUCACGUUUAUCCAUUAAUUAUCUGCACGAGUAUUUUCAAUGUAUGCAAAUUAGCCAUCAACUAUUGAAUCUUCCUAAAUUCUAACAACAACAACAACAAAAAAAAAUGUGAUUCUUUAAUGUUUGCGUCUUUCCUCUUUGCUUUAACAUCGAUUCGUUUAUUUUUAUUAUUAUUAUUAUUGACAAAGUCAAAAGACAAGAUAUAUUCGUGAUUCUUCUUCUUCUUCAAAAAACAACCGCAAGUUUUAAGUGUCAUUUUUCUUUUUAUUCUCUAAUGAUGACUUACUGAUUAUUAUUAUGUUUGAUGAAAUCUUCUAA